GGUCUGUUUAAACCGGUGGAUGCUUAACUGCGGGGGAGACACUAAAUUGCCACAUAGGAUGAGGAAAUGGGGAGGAGACAAACUGGACAGAGGAUGUCAGGUUUUUCUUUACUUCCUGCCUAUCACAGCAUAUCCCAAAAGGGAAAACCGCCCAUUAAAGAUGCUUAUUAUUUCCCAGUUGACCUGCUUUCUUUUGAUGUCACUGUUCUUCUAACGAUCUUCACUCUUUUACUUGUUUUGGGAUUGCGUAGAAAACAAAGAAUAUCUCUGCCAGGACCAUGGGCAUUACCUAUUUUUGGAAACUUUUUUCAAAUUGGAGACCAAGCACAUAUAUCCCUUACAGAAAUGAGGAAAACAUAUGGAGAUGUGUUCCUGAUUAAAUUAGGCAUGAUGCCAGUGGUGGUAGUCAGUGGUUUUCAGACAGUGAAACAAGUUCUUGGUAAACAAGGAGAGCAGUUUGCUGACAGACCCAACAUGCAUUCCUUUUCACUAUUGGCUGAUGGAAAAAGUAUGACAUUUUCCGAAAAGUAUGGAGAAACCUGGAAAAUUCAUAAGAAGAUUAUGAGAAAUGCUUUAAGGACCUUGUCCAAAUCAGAAGCAAAUUCUUUGAAUUUCUCCUGUCGACUUGAAGAAUAUGUUUGUGCUGAAGCUUCAGACUUAGUUAAAACAAUACAACUAUCUAAAGAUCAUGGUGGCUUCGACCCAUCCCCUUUAAUAGUUUUGACAGUUGCAAAUGUGGUAUGCGCUCUGUGCUUUGGUAAAAGGUAUAGCCAUAAUGACCAAGAGUUUCUCCGCAUUAUUGAGUUUGAUAAUGAUAUCCGAAAAAUUUCAGGGGCAGGACUUCUGGCUGAUUUUAUUCCAGUUUUCAAAUAUUUUCCAUCAUCAGGUUUGAAAGAGCUGAAAAAAUUUCUUCGGUCAUUUAAUGAUUUUAUUGCUAAAUCCGUACAAGACCAUUUUGGAUCCCAUGAUGAGAACAACAUCAGAGAUAUAACAGAUGCCCUCAUAAAAUUGUGCAAUAGCAGAAAUAACAUUGAUAAAAAUUACAAACUGAGCAAUGAGCAGAUUAUUUCUACAGUGAAUGACAUCUUUGGUGCAGGCUUUGAUACUAUCUCUUCUGCUUUACUAUGGUGUAUGGUGUACUUGUUGAAGUAUCCAGAAAUGCAAGAAAAAAUUCAGAAGGAAAUUGAUGAGGUCAUUGGAACUAGCAGAUCGCCCAGAUUUGAAGAUAGGAAAGAUUUUCAUUACACUGAGGCAUUUAUCAAUGAAGUUCUUAGACAUGCAUCUUUUGUACCAUUCACAAUUCCACACUGUACUACUUUGGACACCAGUCUGAACGGCUAUUUCCUCCCAAAAGACACCUGUGUAUUUAUAAACAUGUAUCAAGUAAAUCAUGACCCGGCAGUGUGGAGUGAUGCCGACCUGUUCAUCCCAGAAAGGUUUCUUGAUGAAUAUGAGCAUAUUGAUAAAAGCGUGAUCGAAAAGGUGUUUAUUUUUGGCAUGGGAGUCAGGAAAUGUAUAGGAGAAGAUGUUGCUCGAAAUGAAAUGUUUAUUUUUCUCACAUCUAUAUUGCAGCAUCUUAAAUUGGUCAAGGACCCUAAAAAUGAUGUGGAUCUAACACCAGUCUUUGGACUGACUAUGAAACCAAAACCUUAUAAGUUAAAAAUUGAAACUAGACUAUAGUUGUUAUGGAGUUAACCCCUUAAGGACCAGGGGGUUUUCCGUUUUUGCACUUACUUUUAAAAAAGCAUAACCCUUUCAAUUUUGAACCUAAAAAUCCAUAUCAUGGCCUAUUUUUGGCGAAAUGGAAAAAAAAACAUUGUGAGACAAAAUAAAAAAAUGCCAUUUUGUAAAUUUUGGGGGCUUCUGUUUCUACGCAGUAAAUUUUACAGUAAAAAUGACUUAUCUUAUCUUUAGUCUGUAGGUCCAUACAAUUAAAAUGAUACCCUACUUAUAUAGGUUUGAUUUUGUCGUACUUCUGAAAAAAUCAUAACUACAUGCAGGAAAAUUUAUACGUUUAAAAUUGUCAUCUUCUGACCCCUAUAACUUUUUUUAUUUUACUGCGUAUGGGGUAUGAUCAAUUUUUAUUCAUUUUUUCAUGAUAUAAAAAGUGAUCAAAAAUGCACAAUUUUGGACUUUGGAAUUUUUUUGCGCGUAUGCCAUUGACCGUGCGGUUUAAUUAACGAUAUAUUUUUAUAAUUCGGACAUUUCCGCACGUGGCGAUACCACAUAUGUUUAUUUUUAUUUACACAGUUUUUUUUUUUUAAAUGGGAAAAGGGGGGUGAUUCAAACUUUUAUUAUGGGAGGUGUUAAAUGAUCUUUAUUCACUUUUUUUUUCACUUUUUUUUUGCAAUGUUAUAGCUCCCAUAGGGAGCUAUAACACUGCACACACUGAUCUUUUACAUUGAUCACUGGUUUCUCAUAGGAAACCAGUGAUCGAUGAUUCUGCCGCUAGACUGCUCAUGCCUGGAUCUCAGGCACUGAGCAGUCAUUUGGCGAUCGGACACCAGGAGGCAAGGUAGGAGACCCUCCUCGUGUCUAACAGCUGUUCAGGAUGCCGUGAUUUCGCCGCGGCGAUCCUGAACAGCUUCCUGAGCUAACCAGCAUGGUUUCACUUUCACUUUAGACGCGGUGAUAAACUUUGAACGCCGCGUCUAAAGGGUUAAUAGCAGAGAAGAGGGAGAACAGCAUUGGGCCCCAGCUGUUUAGUGCAGGUGAUCACCCGGAUAACCAGUCCAGUGUAUCGACAUCCACAUAGAAAUUGGUCACAGCACAGAGGCAGCAGACUCCAAUGUAAAGCAAGCUGUUGUCUUUUUGUUACCAGCAGUGCAACGUUUCGGCUAUAUGUUAGCCUUUGUCAAGCAUAAAUAACAAGUGAACAUAGUGCAAAUAGAGGUGCAAGUGUUUAAUCAUUAGAGAAACACAUCCCCAAUGUAUUCCCAUUGGUCCACCAAAACAUGUGUAUAUGUAGUCAUAGUAACCACAGUGAUUUAUAUAUAAAACAUUAAAAUAUGUAUUCCGAUAUAAAGUGCUAUACAUCCUAUAGAUGUUCAGUGCUAUACAUAUAACAUGAGACAUAUAGAUCGCUGACCUGUACCCUUGAUGUUCAUAACAGAAAUUCAUCGGCAUUGCAAGCUUCUGUUUGUAAACAAUCACACAGCGCUUGCAUGUGUGUGAUGUCACUCGCUGUCUUCUUCUGAUAGGUGAAAUCAUGCCAAUUCCCUUACUAGCCUACGGCUGUGCAAUGCGCAGAAAGAAGGGAAGAGAGAAAAAGGAAGAGAGCGCGCUAUUAGCCACGGGUCCUGGCCGUUGUUAGAGGCCAGGCCCGACCCGCUAUGACGCGUGGCCCCGCGUUAUAGAAAGGGAAACGACUCAGGACGUACUGGUACGUCCUUGGUCCUUAACAGGUUAAAAAUACACAUGGCCAUCAAGUUCACCCAAGGGGGUGAAGAUAUAGGAGAGGGGGAAUGGUAACUUUAGUAAAAGAGUUCUAUACUUUUACAUAGGCACUUCCAAUAUUCUGUACCAUGAAUUUCUCUAAGCAGUUUUUGGAGCCUAUAUGACCACUAAUCACCCUGUGUAAUAGGGUCCGUAGACUGCUUAACAGAUUCACAUUUCUUACAAUGAAGAAGCCUUGUCACCUCUGGAUGUUCAUC